ACUCGCUUCUUUUCCCUCUUUCUCCGUGUAGAACGCAUUUUUCUAUAGCCUCGAUUCACUCCUCGCUUUUGUUGGGCUUCGUGUAGGCAAUAAACUAGACAUUUGUUUCGGGAGGGCCGUUUGGCUCAGUUCUCCCGAGUUAUUGGCAUUUUCCUGCUUCUGGCAUGGCCACAUGAGCUUCAGGUCUAGAAUUGAGCUCAGCCUCACGUAAGCAUACGCGUACUACUUUCAAAGUUUCUUUAAAUCCUCUUUUCGCGUUGGUUCCAGGUGGUUUGGGCAAGAGCGAUAUAGUUUUUGAGGAGCAGCGAUGGAGGCAACAACAACGAGAAGCGAGGCUUCUUGGUUUCAUCCCAAGCUUGCGGAUCAAAACUUGCCAGAGAGAUGGGGCCAUUCUGGAGUCUACUGCGAUGGGAAGCUCUACAUCUACGGGGGAUGCCGUGGUGGUCUCCAGUUCAGUGAUGUCUUGAUGCUGGAUCUGGAGACGGUGUCUUGGGAGAAACUUGUCACAACGGGCGAAGAGCCUGGUCCCCGGGACAGUCACACUGCCGUGCUUUACGAUCACAAAAAGAUGAUAGUCUUUGGGGGUACAAGUGGAUCAAAGAAAACUAACGCUGUUCACGUACUUGAUCUAAAGUCUUUAGUCUGGGCUCGGCCAUCUAUGCAAGGCUCUCUUCCUGCUCCAAGAGAAAGUCACACGGCAACUAUGAUUAGUGAGAAUCAGGCCUUGGUUUUUGGUGGAAGUGGUGACAACGGAGAUUAUCUGAGCGACACUCACAUCCUGGAUUGCGGGAGUAUGAAAUGGAUUUCGCUGUGCGGGAAAGGCUACUCGCCAAUUUGUCGGGACAGCCAUAGCUCGGUCGUCAUCAAGAAUCGGCUUUUUCUAUAUGGAGGUGACUGUGGAGAUCGGUACUUGGGAGGUGUGGAUGUGCUUGACUUGGAGCUCAUGACAUGGUCCAAGCUAGAGAAUGCCGGGUCAACAACGAAGCCGGGAGUGAGAGCUGGUCACGUUGCAAUAGCAGUCGACACAAAGAUGUAUGUUUUUGGAGGUGUUGGCGACCGGACGUACUACAGCGAUGUGUGGGCCAUGGACGCUGAAACGCGUUGCUGGUCUCAACUGAAAAUUCGAAGCUUGCAGCCACAGGGUCGAUUCUCUCAUGUCGCAGCUCGUGCUGAUGACGGCGUAAUUGUUUACGGCGGAUGUGGCGAAGACGAGAGACCUCUAGACGAGUUCCUCGUCCUGUGUAUUGGCGGAGACGAGCUGCCUAAGCCCGGGAUUUGGUCAAAGCUUAAUAACGAGCAGAGAAUGCAGAUAGUUGGACAGAAGACUUCUUCGCGGCCUUCCGUUUCCUCUCGCAAGGACGACUUGGCGACUCGCCGUGUGUUGCGCAGCGAGAAUCUGCUCAUGAAAGGCGUUCUUCAAGGCUAUGCAGCGGAAAGAACAAUUCAAAGUACUUCUCUCCAUUGUGAAUUCUUCUCGUCCGGUUCUACAGUGCACAAGAAGCGGACGUCACGCGACUUAUUAGUAUUCCGUGAGAACGACGACUGGUCCGUUGUCGAAUCCACAGUUUCAGGAAAGUGGCAAGCUCCAAAUCAUGGUUUCUCACACAACAGACAUAAAUCUCUAACUCUAAAGCUGGGGACCAAUCAUCACGCUCAGUGCUACGGCAUUCAGGCAAGCGAAAAAUUUCUGAGCUCGGAGUUUCAAUCUCUUUUUAUCCUUGUUUUGUUUUAUCUUGUGUACGCACAGAUUGGAAGCGAAGUGCAUGGAGUUGUGGACGCUAUGUUCGAUUCAGGCUACCUUAUGACUGCUCACCUAAACGGCCAAGUUCUCCGCGGUGUUCUUUUCAGCCGCGAUCGCGCGACUACGACCGAGAAAGAGGAUGUCUCGACACGAGUAGAAUCUCCGGGAAAUUUAGCGUGGCGAAGCGCUGGUGUGGCUGCUCCAAGAUCUAUCGCUGUGGAAGAAAAGCCCAGCGCGAUGAGUGACGACGAGGAAGAAGUGACGCUCAGCUUAGCUACUAAUCACGUUUAUGCGGACUAAUCACCUUUUAUGAGAAAGGGUAUUUUACUCUUUUUCUAUUU